GAAGAUGAAGCUGUUGUGGAUAAAGGAGGCACCAGCAAUGUUGUCAAUAUUCAUUAUGAGCCAGAAGAGCUGGAAGGGCACAGGACGCUGUACGUUGGGGUACGGAUGCCUUUGGUGAGACAGGGCCACAGACAUCACAGAACCCAUGGCAAGAAACACAGGGUACGAGAGCGGGCAAAGGAGAGCAUCCAAGAAGAUCAAGAAGAGUCUCACGAUACCCCAUCUCAGCGAGUUCAGUUUAUCCUGGGGAUGGAGGAGGAUGAGGAGCACGUCCCCCACGAUUUAUUCACUGAAAUGGAUGAGAUCUGUUUGAAAGAGGGCGAAGAUGCAGAAUGGAAGGAAACAGCAAGGUGGCUGAAGUUCGAGGAAGACGUAGAAGACGGCGGGGAGCGUUGGAGCAAACCGUAUGUGGCUACUCUCUCUUUACACAGUCUCUUUGAACUGAGGAGCUGCAUCAUCAACGGGAUUGUUCUUCUGGAUAUGUGUGCAAACAGCAUAGAGGAAAUUGCAGACAUGGUUCUGGAUCAGCACGAACCUUCCAGUGAUCUUGACGAAGUCACCCGUAAGAAGGUCUGGGAAGCCCUUCUGAAGAAACAUCAUCAUCAGAAUGAGAAGAAGAAGAACAACCUGCUCCCAAUUGUCCGUUCGUUUGGUGAGGCUGGCCAGAAAAAAUCAGAUCCUCACUCAAUGGAUAAGACAGGAAUGAACCCGCUGAAUCUCCAGCCCCCUCCCACUAACCUAGAAGGGAGAAACGGACAAAGCCAUGAUACGACUCCAACGGAUCUUAGCAAGGCAGAGCUUCAUUUUAUGAAAAAGAUCCCCAUUGGUGCGGAAGCCUCAAAUGUUCUUGUGGGAGAGCUGGAUUGUCUUACGCGGCCCAUUGUCGCCUUUGUGCGCCUAACACCAGCGGUUCUGCUGUCGGGAAUGACGGAGGUCCCGAUCCCUACAAGGUUUUUAUUCAUCUUGCUGGGCCCUGUAGGGAAAGCGCAACAGUACCAUGAGAUUGGUAGAUCAAUGGCUACCCUCAUGACCGAUGAGAUUUUUCAUGACGUUGCUUACAAAGCCAAGGACCGUACUGACCUUUUAGCUGGGAUUGAUGAAUUUCUAGACCAGGUGACCGUGCUACCACCUGGAGAGUGGGAUCCCUCGAUUAGAAUCGAACCCCCCAAAAAUCUCCCUUCCCAGGAAAAGAGAAAAAUGCCUGGGACUCCAGGGGUCCCCAAUGGAAAUGCUUGUCAUGUUGAACCGGAAGAUCACAGUGGGCCAGAACUCCAGAGAACAGGAAGACUAUUUGGUGGUUUGAUCCUGGAUGUGAAACGGAAAGCUCCUUGGUACUGGAGCGACUACAAAGAUGCUAUAAGUCUGCAGUGCUUAGCUUCCUUCCUCUUCCUGUACUGUGCCUGCAUGUCUCCCGUGGUCACUUUUGGGGGGUUGCUUGGAGAAGCGACGCAUGGACAAAUAAGCGCAAUCGAAUCCUUAUUUGGUGCUUCCAUGACGGGCGUGGUAUAUUCCCUCUUUGCUGGCCAGCCACUCACUAUCUUGGGGAGUACUGGGCCGGUAUUGGUCUUCGAGAAAAUUUUGUUUAAGUUCUGCAGAGAGUAUGAGCUUUCUUACCUCUCCCUACGAUCCUGUAUCGGCUUAUGGACUGCCUUCAUGUGCGUUCUUCUUGUGGCAACUGAUGCCAGUUCUCUCGUCUGCUACAUCACUCGCUUUACGGAAGAAGCUUUCGCCUCCUUGAUCUGUAUCAUUUUCAUCUAUGAGUCUAUAGAGAAAUUGAUCAGUCUGGGCUACAACUACCCGGUUCAUAUGCACAAUGACCUUGAACAAUUGACCUUCUAUUACUGCAGAUGUACGCGCCCUCCAUAUCCCACCAAUUCCACCCUGAGCUACUGGGCUACCAAAAACAUCGAUCCUUCUGCAGUUCCAUGGGCUAAUCUCACAGUCUCUGAAUGUCGGAUGAUGUAUGGACACUUUGAAGGACUUGGAUGCUCAUAUAAUGGCCCUUUUAUUCCCGAUGUUCUUUUCUGGUGCCUCAUCUUGUUUUUUACCACCUUUAUUAUGUCGGCCACCUUGAAGCAGUUUAAAGCCAGGCGCUACUUCCCAACAAAAGUGCGAGCCGUGAUCGGUGAUUUUGCCGUAUUCAUUACCAUCUUCACUAUGGUGGUGAUUGAUUUUUUAAUUGGAAUCCCAUCGCCGAAAUUACAAGUCCCCAGCGUCUUCCGGCCCACAAGAGACGACCGCGGGUGGAUCAUUAACCCAAUAGGUCCCAACCCCUGGUGGACAGUAUUAGCCGCUAUCAUCCCUGCUUUGCUCUGUACUAUACUGAUAUUUAUGGACCAGCAGAUCACUGCCGUUAUUGUGAACAGAAAGGAACACAAACUGCAGAAAGGAUGCGGCUAUCACCUGGACCUUCUUAUGGUGGGCGUCAUGCUUGGUGUGUGUUCAGUUAUGGGGCUGCCUUGGUUUGUUGCCGCCACUGUCCUUUCUAUCAGUCACGUGAACAGCCUCAAGCUGGAAUCCAGCUCGGCAGCCCCUGGAGAACAGCCUAAGUUCCUGGGCAUACGUGAGCAAAGGGUUACUGGCCUCAUGAUCUUUGUGCUGAUGGGCCUUUCCGUUUUUAUCACCGGUGUAUUAAAGUUUAUACCCAUGCCCGUCCUCUAUGGAGUGUUCCUAUACAUGGGAGUUUCUUCCUUGAAAGGAAUUCAGUUCUUUGAUCGCCUGAAGCUGUUUGGAAUGCCUCCUAAACACCAGCCGGACUUUAUCUAUCUGCGGCAUGUCCCCUUGCGAAAAGUGCAUCUCUUCACUGCUAUCCAGUUGACUUGCCUCGUCCUGCUAUGGGUUAUCAAGGCAUCACGUGCAGCCAUUAUCUUUCCUAUGAUGGUUUUGGCAUUGGUCUUCGUCCGGCAGGUCAUGGAUUUCUGUUUUUCAAAGAGGGAACUAAGCUGGCUUGAUGACCUCAUGCCAGAGAGCAAGAAGAAAAAACUCGAGGAUGCAAAAAACAAAGCAAAAGCUGAAGAGGAGUCUGAGAAGAUGAUGGAAGAGGCUCAACAAACUGUGAUCGAUAUACCGGUAGUGAAUACAAGUUACUUGGCGGUGCCCGGAAGUGAAGCACAGACGCGCAAUAUUUCAUCAAGAAAUAACAACAGGGCAGAUCCUGCGGACAUUAAUAUCUCUGAUGAAAUGUCUAAAACAACUGUGUGGAAGACUAUCUCCAUGAAUACUGAAAAACUCUAAAUCCAAAGAGAAGAGCUUUGCUUAUUUAAGCCUCUUGGCUUUGGGCAAGGAGCUGCAGCACGUGAGGAGAUGACUCAGGGAAGAGCAAGAUGUACAGACAAGAGAGAAAAUACUUUUGGAAUGGAGAUGAGCACAAGCUGAGAAACUGCCCCAGGCUCUUUCUUCAUACAAGUAAUCGGGGCUGAUAUUAAAGC